AUGCCACGACUUCGCUCAAACCCUUUACUUUAUCUUCUAAGCGUUGCAACUGUGUUUUACUUGUUUGCUAUGUGGUAUGAUUUUCCUCCAACAAACGGAAUAUCGAAGUUGAAGGAAAGACUGCGGAACACUAAAAUUCGAAGAAAAAAUAUCUACCAGGAAGAUGUGACGCUAGAAGAACUGGAAAACGGUUUAUACACAGAAAAUGGAUACGAAGUUGUACAAGUUACAUCUCCGAUUCCCACUCUUCGAUUUAUACAGGAACCAACUUGUGAUCAGAUAUAUACGAAUUGGAAUUUAACUUUCAGUAAACAAAGCAUGGAACCACCUCCACGAAGGUUAACACCAGAGAUGCAAUAUCAAAUGACUAUGAACAAUUAUUCCACAUUAGUCUAUAAUUAUCGAAACAAUUCAAGAAGACAAAAACCUGCAAAAUGGGAUAUAUUAUCAGAGCUUAUGACUUGGAACUCUGAAAUUUUAGGAGCUUUGAGUUUUAGUUUUGAUGGAGUUUCACUACAUUAUGCAAUGAAACAACAUGAAUUAAACGAUAAAAACGGUGUAAUUGUUGGAAGCUUGAUACCAUGGGUCGAGGUGCUUUCUUUACAACAUGGAGCAAGUAAUAUUUUGACAAUUGAGCACAACAAGUUAGACAUUGAAGAACGAUUCAGAGAUCGAGUUUAUUCAAUAACACCUGUUGAAUUUGCGAUGAAUUUCAAAAAUUAUUCCGAGAGUUUUGAUUUUGCAGCGGCAUUUUCAUCAAUAGAAUAUAUUGGAUUAGGUCAAUAUGGUGAACCAAUUGAUCCAUAUGGAGAUUUAAGAGAAAUUCAAAAAAUACGAUGUGCCUUGAAACCUGGAGGUUUACUGUUUUUGGGGCUACCAUUUGGACUUGAUGCAGUGAUAUUCAACACUCAUAGAGUUUAUGGACCAAUACGACUUGCAAUGUUAAUGACUGGAUUUGACUGGAUUGCUACAUACUCUUCAGAGACAACAUUAUCCAUUUCGUUAAGUGCAGUGUUAAGAGAAGAUGCAACUGAAUCGAAAAAUCAAUAUACUUUAGUUAUGAGAAAACGCUAAUUUAUUGAAGUUUUUAAAAAAAUGUAUUUUUGUUAAAAAAUAACAUGAAAUGUUGUUUAU